CAGCCUCCAGAAGCCGCAGCCCCGGUGCCGCCUCCGCCCCGGGGCUCCGGCUUCCCGCCCGUCCCGCCCCGUUUGCGGGCCAUGGAGCUCCGAGCAGCGGAUCGAGAGCAGCCGGAGCGCCCCAGCCCGUCCGCCUGAGCCCCAGGACCCAGCUCUGAGUUUCCGGAUCUUGGCAGGUGCCUGGCCCCCACCCCUUCCCAGCGCGAGCCCUGGAGACGGCAGCCAGGUGGCUGCUGAGCAGCGACAGCAGCAUGAAGGCCCCGGGCCGGCUCCUCCUCGUUAUCCUGUGCUCCUUGGGCUUCUCUGCCGCCUACAUCCUGCUGUGCCUCUGGGCCGGUGUGCCCUUCUGCCUGGCCUCCUGCCUGGACCCCCAGCCCUCCAUCAACUCCAGGCCCACUGUGCCGGGGCCCCUGCGCUUCAGCGGAUACAGCAGCGUGCCAGAUGGGAAGCCGCUGGUCCGAGAUCCAUGCCGCAGCUGCGCCCUGGUGUCCAGCUCCGGCCAGAUGCUGGGCUCGGGCCUGGGCGCCGAGAUCGACAGCGCCGAGUGCGUCCUGCGCAUGAACCAGGCGCCCACCGUGGGCUUUGAGGCGGACGUGGGCGGGCGCAGCACCCUGCGCGUGGUCUCGCACACGAGCGUGCCCCUGCUGCUGCGCAACUACUCGCACUACUUCCAGCACGCUCGAGACACGCUCUACGUGGUGUGGGGCCCGGGCAGGCACAUGGACCGGGCGCUGGGAGGCCGCACGUACCGCACGCUGCUGCAGCUCACCAGGAUGUACCCAGGCCUGCAGGUGUACACCUUCACCGAGCGCAUGAUGGCCUACUGCGACCAGGUCUUCCAGGACGAGACGGGCAAGAACCGCACUUCUGCCGCCUCCCCUGAGAAUGUUAGCACUGGCUGUGACAGGUUCCUGGCCAGCACAGGGCCCGGGAGGAGGCAGUCGGGCUCCUUUCUCAGCACUGGCUGGUUCACCAUGAUCCUCGCCCUGGAGCUGUGUGAGGAGAUUGUGGUCUAUGGAAUGGUCAGCGACAGCUACUGCAGGGAGGACAGCCACCCCUCGGUGCCUUACCACUACUUUGAGAAGGGCCGGCUGGACGAGUGUCAGAUGUACCUGGCGCAUGAACGGGCGCCCCGCAGUGCCCACCGCUUCAUCACCGAGAAGGCUGUGUUCUCUCGCUGGGCCAAGAAGAGGCCCAUAGUGUUCGCCCACCCGUCCUGGAGGACCCAGUAGCCCCGUCACCUGGCUGGCCGCCACGCCCUCACAGGGCCUCUGUUCCACACUCCACCAAAAACAUUUAAUUUAUGGAUCCUGUCUCCCGCCACAUGCCUCAUGGACCUAAGGUCCCUUCUUGCCCUACCCUGGGGACACUUGGAGUCCUUUCAGGGCUCCGGACUUGAUGGGGAGAAGAGGAGGACUGUGGCGACCUUUGCACCCUCCUCCACACCCCACUCCCUGAGUCAUCCAAAUCUUCGUUUGGGGGUUCAUCCCUUCUCUGGAUCUUCCAGUGGCCUUUGCCCCAGGGGUCAGUGCCCCGCCGCCAUUCACCAGCAUCGUGAUCUUUGAUCUUGCAAUAGCCCUGGUCCCUCUUCACUCUCCCCCCUCCACUGCCUUUGGCACCACACUACCCAGGCUCGUUGCCCUGGUCAGGGCAGCCCGCAGCUUGCGGUUCAUUGGGCAAAGGGGCCUUUGAACUGUGACUGCCAGGGCCACCUCUGGAGUGUACGGGUAAAUAUGUGUUUUCUGGAAA